AUGAUAACGUUAAUCCCUGUUUACUACUUUGCCAUCUUCCUCCAGCUAAACGUAGUUGUUGGUAUUUUCUGCAACUACAAAAACUGCAAAGACUGCGCCUCCAAUACCUCUUUAGGCAAAACGUGCAGAUGGUGUAGAAGGGACAACAAAUGCCAUGUCGUUGGCUCCCCCACAACAAAGUGCAAGAGGGCGGAAAAUAUCGUCGAUCCGUCUCGUUGUGGAGAAGAAUUGCCCCAAUACAACCCUGAAUUGUCUUUAAAGAUGUUGCUCCUUUCCGCUGCGGCGUAUGAUCCAAAUCAUCCCCAGAAAUGCCUCGACAACUCUUUGCCAUCUGACGACUUUCAAAUACAGCAUACUGUAACAAAGAAAUGUGAUUUCCUUGAUAACCAGUGCUCUUGCUAUGUUGCUGUUUCCCAUACCGUGAACGUUAUUGGCAUUGCUUUUCGCGGCUCCGAAUGUUUCGAACAAGCAUUCAUUGAGUUUGUAGAGGGUUUAGUUAGCCCUAAGGAAGCUUUUUUAAGCAAUGGUGAAGUUCAAACCUACUGGAAAAGAGGCUUCGAGAAGUUAUGGCCGAGCAUGGAAUCGAAAGUGAAGGCUCUCAUCGCUGACAAUCCAUCCUACAAAAUUUGGGUUACAGGGCAUUCUCUGGGUGGCGCAAUGGCGUCCUUGGCGAGCACAUGGCUCAGAUAUUACAAUGUUGCUUCUCGUGAUAAAAUCGUAUCGUACACGUUUGGAAUGCCUCGAGUUGGAAACUAUGACUACGCUUUGCAACACGAUCAGCUUGUUAGCAACACCUGGAGAGUGGUUAAUAAAGAUGACGCUGUUCCUCAUUUCCCAAGCUUAGCCUCCCUGAGCAUCCUAAACGGUCCAUACCACCAUGGAGUAGAAGCUUUUUACAGCGAGCCGGCAACAAGUGUGUAUUCAAAGCACAGGGAAUGCCACGAAAGACCAUUCAACGAGGACGUCACUUGUAGUUUCUCGGAAAUACCGUCCUUCAAACGACACAAAAACUACUUCGGCAUUCCUGUGGGGACAUUCUGGGAGAAAGACUGUGUUCACUCGACACGUAAGAAACGCGAAACGCCAGGAAAAUAUAACAACACUCUUGCAAGAGAUCCGCGCUGCUCGAAGAAAAACACGAAAGAGGCUCGGUCCUCUUCCGCCCGAGCUCGAUCUUUCAAUAUGUCACAGUUUGAGCGAUCCUUUUUCUGUUUCGUGGUAUUUUUCAUUUCUACUACCUUAGAAUAA